GCUUGAGGGGCGAGCGGUCUGGGCUGGGGCGGGAGGGGGAGCUGCCAGAAUGGCGACGGGCCCGCGGGGGGCUCAGGCAAAGGUCCUGCAGUACGAAGCCUUCGUCAGCGACGUCCUGCAGCGAGACCUAAGGCAGGUGCUGGCACAGCGAGAUGAGGUGUACGGACAACUGGCCGCCUACCUACAGCUGAAGAACGUCCUGGAGCGGAUCCAGGAAUCGGGGGAUCAGAGGCUGCGCACACAGGUGGAUUUAGGAUGUAACUUCUACGUGAAUGCGGAAGUGCCAGACCCUUCUCGGAUAUUUGUGGGACUCGGCCAUGGCUUCUUCCUGGAAUUGACAUUGAUGGAGGCCUUGAGGUUCAUUGAUCGGAAAAGCCGCCUGCUCACCUCGCUCAGUGACAGUCUCACCCGAGAUUCGGUUCGGAUCAAGGCCCACAUCCGACUGGUGCUAGAGGGCCUUCGGGAACUGCAGGGGCUACAAGAGCUGCCAGACCAUCAUAACCAUCCAGACCAUCCAGGACACUGAUUAGGAUGUCAAGAACUUCCUUUACCUAAUAAGACUGCUACAGAGGCUCCACCUCUUGUCACUUGGAAUCAGAAAUCCCUUAAUAAAAACUGGGAAUGAGGCUGGGGGGGUGGGGGGGGA